GGAUGAUCAAAUUGACAAAAUCCAAUAAAAAAUGAUGUUAUAGCACAAAAGUAGACUAAUUUGAUUAUCUGCAAAGAUGCUACGGCCAUUUAACUUGUCGAAUCGAGCCGAACUGUGCCGGUCGCCAUUUUGUUUUGCUCGGAAGUUCUCUUCUCGCCAGGCCUUGGGCUGUUCCCGGAAGUUCUCGUUUCUACUACGAGAUUGAGGAGUGGGGUGGUCGUGAGUUGUCGGUCCUGAGUCGUCAUGAAGGAGAACGACACUUUUCGCUCUUUCGAGGAGUUUCAGUCCGAACUGUACUCCUUUCAAAUGGAAACAUUUACUCAGUUCACCUUAAGGACCUCGGAAAAGAUCCCUGCUACGGAUGAACUGUCUUCCACUCUCAAGUACAGUGUACUGAGAUAUACGUGUAAACAGGGGAGAGCGAUCCUUAGACCAUCGUCGGGGAAGCGCUCACGCAAGAGAUCUUUCAAGGUUGACUGUCCGGUGCAGUUGAAUGUUCGUUUGAAUCGACCAAAGGGACAGGAUCCAGUCCUCAAGGUCACCAAGCUGGUCAUAGACCACAAAGAUCAUGCUGUGUCGAAAGAGGACCUGGUCGUUGUAAAUCCCGAUGAUGCCACGAGAACGAUCAACACCAACCUGGACACCACCCUGAGCCCCCAGGACUUACCGAGAAUGAAGCAGGAACGUAUUUCCUAUCAGCCUCCAGGGAACACCUUCGCCUGUCUGGAAUCUGUCCAUCUUUCUCCCGCGGAGGACAACGCCUCUCCCCCCAACAGAUGCCAGGAAGUUGAUCCCACGGAGGAGAAUGUGUCCACAAGGUUACCCGGCUGCCCCAUGAAAAGGCUUUUGGGGCAAGACCAGCGGAAAAAUGGGUCGUCGCAUCCAGAACCUGGCGUGGGAAGCAGUCCACAUUGCCACGUUGGCUCUCUGUCGGACAAAUACCCUCUGUCCAAACGGAGGAAGAGAGAGAACGACUGGCAGGAGAGAGACGGGGAUGAGGCCUUAUUGGCAUCUUACGUCCCUCGUUUAAAGAAACUUUCCAGGGAGAUCAAAGGAUUUGUGCAGUUACAAAUGGCCCAGAUAUUUUUCAACGCAGAAAACCGCCACCUACCCCCUCUAGCUAUUGUUGCUCUUCCACUGAUCAAAGAUCGGACCGAUAAAGGCAAGUGAUUCAAAGUGU